AUGCGGUUCAGCAACCUGUUCCUUGGCGCCGUCUUCGCCGUGACCUCGGUCGCUGCCAUGGCCAACCCUGCCGCCGAGGCUGGAAGUCUUAUGGAGCGCAGCAAGCACCACCAUGACUGCGGCAAGCAUGCCUCCUACAACGAGGAGAAGAAGGAAUGCGUUUGCCACGUCAGUGGAGAGACCUACCACAAGAAGCACCACAAGUGCAAGAAGCCUAAGGAAGACAAGAAGCACCACUCACGAGACGUUCUCGAGGAGCGCAGCCCCAAGAAGGACAAGCACGAGCACUGUGGCAAGCAUGCUUCUUACAACGAAGAGAAGAAGGAGUGCGUCUGCCACGACAAGUCUGAGGUUUUCGAGAAGCACCACAAGAAGUGCAAGAAGGCAAAGGUUGAGAAGAAGAAGGACGACAAGAAGACCAAGUCAGAGCGAGAUGUCCUCGAGGAACGCGACCCCAAGAAGCACAAGCACCACGACCACUGUGGCAAGCACGCAUCUUACAGCGAGGAGAAGAAGGAAUGCGUCUGCCACAACAAAGCCGAGGUCUUUGAAAGGAAGCACAAGAAGUGCAAAAAGCACAUCUCUCUCCGAAGCAUCUUCAACCACUGCGGCCGCCACGCUUACUACGAUGAGGCCAAGAAGGAGUGCAUCUGCCACGACGCCGGCAAGGACUUUCUCAAGAAGCACAAGACCUGCGCUUGCCCUCAGGGCGAGAAGUGGCACCACAUCGAGCGCAAGUGCAAGGCUUAA